AUGGCCCACGCGAGACUGUUUCUCAGUCUCGGCCUCCUCGCCGGCCUCCUGCCGAUGUUAGCUGCUUGUCCCCCCAAGUGUCACUGCCACGGGGACCUGCAGCAUGUCAUCUGCGACAAGGUGGGGCUGGAGAAGAUCCCCAAGAUGUCCGAGAAGACCAAGCUGCUCAAUCUCCAGCGCAACCACUUCCCCGUGCUGGCUAUGAACUCCUUUAAGGACAUGCCCAACCUCGUGUCGCUCCACCUGCAACACUGCCACAUCCGCGAGGUGGUCAGAGGCGCCUUCCACGGCCUCCACCAGCUCAUCUACUUAUACCUGUCCAACAACGACAUCCGGGUGCUGCACCCGGGCGCCUUCGAGGACCUGACCGAGCUCACCUACCUCUACCUGGACCACAACAAGGUGACUGAGCUGCGCCCUGCGCUCUUCUCCACUCUGCCCAACCUCUUCAUCCUACAGCUCAACAAUAACAAGAUUCGAGAGCUGCAGCCCGGCACUUUCCAGGGUGCCAAGGAUCUGCGCUGGCUCUACCUGUCUGGUAAUUCCAUCAGUUCUCUGCACGCCAAUGCCUUGGAUGAGGUGGAGAACCUAGUCAAGUUGCACCUGGAUAGGAACCAGCUCUCCAGCUACCCCUUAGCCGCCCUGAGCAAGCUGAGGGUGUUGGAGGAACUCAAGCUAUCCCACAACCGUCUGAAGAACAUUCCUGCCAAAGCCUUCCAGUCCUUUGGCAAAUACCUGGAUAUCCUCUGGCUGGACCACGCCCACCUGGAAAAAUUCACAGAUGAUGCCUUCCUGGGUGUGACAUCACUGAAGCAUGUCCAUCUGGAGAACAACCGUCUGAGUCAGCUGCCCUCCAGCUUCUCCUUUGAUAACCUGGAAACCUUCACCUUCAUCAACAACCCCUGGAAGUGUACCUGCCAGCUCCAUGGCCUUCGGCGGUGGCUAGAUUCCAAGAAUAUUCACUCGGAUGCCACUUGCGACACACCCAUCAAGUUUAAGGGGCAGCACAUCCGUCACACGGAUGCCUUCCGCAGUUGCAAAUCUCCCACCAAGAGGUCCAAGAAAGCUGGCCGCCAUUAAACAGGUCCUGACCCAGCCAGUCCUGGUGACUGGCCUCUGCCUUCUGCUGGAGAGACUACUGACCUUCCCACUGCCGCCUACAUGUUCUCCCCACAGCCUCCGCUGUCCACAGAGCUGUCCAUAACUAGACACGUCCUGGCAGGGGGCCUCAGACACUCUACUACUAACCCAACUCCAACUAGUGGGGUCUAGGGGCAGACACAGCCCCUCCUCAGCCAUCAAGACUGGAUCCCAUUGUGGCUCCUCUCAGAGGAGCUGUUUGCUGAUCCCCAACUCUAUUAGAACCAGAAUGCGGUGAUUCUCAGAAUAGCCACCUUCCCAGAAUCAGCCUUACUUUGCUCCCUUUUCCCCUACCAUUAGAAAACAAACAUCAAACCCUUCCCACCCCCCCUUUUGCUUCCAGAAAGGGCCUCAAGUCCAUUUCCCAACUCUGCUGGCCUCCACUUGCCAGGACAUGCUAAUAGGACACCGGUGCUUUGCUGCACAUGCUGCAUUUCUGCCCCAGAUUUCUACAAAUAUAAAUUUAUGUGUGUAGAAUAUUUGCUCCUCCAUCACCUGUCUCCACA